AGGAGAGUAUAGAAUAAAAAAAUCUACAGCCACCACCAUUCCUGCACCAUCUUCCAUAUCUUAAAUCGCCUGUUUUCAUCAAAUUCAUAUGGCGUAGUUUAGGGAACCAAUUCCUUAAAACCGCUAACCUGAGCACCUGUGCGUAUUUUCAGUAUCACCAUGGUAGGACUAAAAGUGACCAUGGUGCCUUCAAUCUGCGGCUGGAGGCCCUAUAUGGCCGAAAAAUGGGUGCAAAGGAUGAGCAAUAGCAGGACUAGGGCUGCCGCUGCAGCUGCCGCUAUCGACGUCAAAUUGAAUGUGGUGGCCGCUAGAACGAAGCCUUCGGUGGACCUGCCUGGUAAGAACCGAGAGCAAAUAUCGGUUGGAUGGAGAGACGGGUGGAGGUUAAUAUCCUGCGCAAAAUUCGGGGCUGCACCCGAGAGGGCUUCGUGUAGAAAAUUGGGGUCUCGUGGUCAAAAGGUUUUUUCUUCCUCUGCUUCUUCUGAAUCCAAAGGAGGUCCUGUGGCCACCGGCAUGGGCUAUGAGAAUGAGGUGGACCGGGACGAUAAUAACCGGUUGCCACCGCCGUCGCAGAACCACCCCAUUUUUCACCAAAAAAAGUUACAACCUCCAGCGUUGCUUACAUUGCCUACGAUCCUGACGUUAGGUCGUGUCGCGGCGGUGCCACUUCUCGUUAGCACAUUUUACAUGAAUAAUUGGUGGGGGACAACAGCUACAACAAGUAUUUUCAUUGCUGCAGCAGUUACAGAUUGGCUUGAUGGGUACAUUGCUCGAAAGAUGCGAUUAGGCACAACAUUUGGUGCAUUUUUGGAUCCCGUAGCUGAUAAGCUUAUGGUUGCUGCAACAUUGGUCUUAUUGUGUACCAGACCUUCGGAAGCUGCUAUAUUUGGAGAUGUGCCAUGGCUAUUGACGGUGCCUUCAAUUGUUAUAAUUGGUAGAGAGAUAACAAUGUCAGCAGUUAGAGAAUGGGCUGCAUCUCAGAAUAGUAAAGUUCUUGAGGCUGUUGCUGUAAAUAAUCUAGGGAAGUGGAAAACAGCCACACAAAUGACUGCAUUAACCAUCCUUCUGGUUACACGAGACAGCAGUCUAUCAGGGCUAGGUACUUUAGUUGCAUCUGGUGUUGUUUUGCUUUACAUCUCAGCUGGUCUUGCCGUCUGGUCAUUGGCUGUGUACAUGAGGAAAAUAUGGAGAAUAUUGCUGAAGUAGUUGGUUUCUCUUGCUUCACCUGAGUUUGGAAGAAGGGGGUAUUCGGGGUUGAUGAUGCUAGACUUUUGGGAUUUGGGUUCUUAUUUGGUUUCUUUAAAUGCCCCCAUCUAGUGAUUGAUACCUCCCAACUAUGGAAAUUGAACUUUUUGAGAUAAGUAGAUGAAGGGAAGAUGCUUACGUUAUGAUUUUGGAUUGGCUUCAGUUGAAGUUUUCUUGGAGGAAGGAAGUAGGUCUUAUUAUCAUUCAUUAUAUUACUUUGUCGGUAAAAGAUGGUUAGGGCUGAUGGAAAGAUGCAGUAUAUAGUCUUGAAGCCUUAGGUUCAAUUGUCUUAACAGGGACAAGCUGGGAAAUACAUCACUUAAUUUGUGUAAGUAAUUUUAGAUGCCUACAGCAUAACUCAUUUGCAGGUCUCUUCAUUAACUCUAUGGUGUUUCAGGUUUAAUACUGAUUUUCUUGGUAAGAAAGUGUUUUUAAGUCUUUUACGCAA